AGUUCUAUCCCCAUUCCCAUCCACUCCCAGCAACUCUAGCAAGUCGCAAACAAAAAAUCUUCAGACCCGAUCGCUGCCUGUUGUCUGCGAGCAUAGCAAUACAUACAGCGUAGCACAGUAGGGAUUGGUGGUCUGGUCCAAGAAAAUCCAAGAACCAAGCAGAGCCAGGAAGAAGCACAACAGUUUUGCUGUUGCAAGACGGUGGUUGAUAGCCUGAUCGGACGGAGAGAUGGGGCAGUACAGGUCGGCGGCCGGAGGAGGAGGAGACUGCCAGAUCAAGCUGUUCGGGAAGACCAUCCCCGUGCCGGACGCCAGCGCCGGAGACGUCCACAAGCAGGACCUUCAGCACAGCGGCAGCAGCACGACACAACCAAGAGUAAAAGAAAUCAUCCCUCAGGACUCCACGGAUUCGCCUCCGCAGCCGGAGGUUGUGGACAUGGAGGACCCAUCUGCUGUCAAGAACUCAUCAGAAGACCAGCAGGAAGAACAGGACGACACGGCCAACCAGAAGGAGAAGCUCAAGAAGCCUGACAAGAUCCUGCCCUGCCCCCGGUGCAGCAGCAUGGACACCAAGUUCUGCUACUACAACAACUACAACAUCAACCAGCCGCGCCACUUCUGCAAGAAUUGCCAGAGGUACUGGACGGCCGGUGGGGCCAUGCGCAACGUGCCCGUGGGUGCAGGCCGCCGCAAGAGCAAGAGUAUAACGGCCGCUUCCCACUUCCUUCAGAGGAUCAGGGCCGCUAUGCCCGGUGAUCCUCUCUGCACCCCAGUCAAGACCAACGGCACGGUGCUCAGCUUCGGGUCCAGCACAUCCACCUUAGACCACACAGAACAAAUGAAGCACAUCAAGGAGCGCAUGCCAAUAACCCGGAUCGAGAACACCGAUGACCCAUCGGUUGGGUCUUGUGCUGAUGGAUGGGCCAAGGCAGAAGAGUCAAACCAAAUGAACUCGAGGGAGAGAGUUGCAGCAGAUGAACCCGCAAACGUGCAGCAUCCAUGCAUGAACGGGGGAACCAUGUGGCCAUUCGGUUACGCACCAUCACCUGCCUAUUUCACCUCAAACGUAGCAAUUCCAUUCUAUCCAGCACCUGCUGCUUACUGGGGCUGCAUGGUUCCGGGAGCCUGGAACACUCCAUGGCAGCAACAGUCUCAGUCUCAAUCUGGCUCAUCACCUAGUGCUGCUUCUCCAGUAUCAACAGUGUCGAGCUGCUUCCAGUCACGAAAGCACCCUAGAGAUGGUGAUGAGGAAAGAAAUGCCAACGGUAAUGGCAAGGUGUGGGUGCCGAAGACGAUCCGGAUUGAUGACGUAGACGAGGUGGCCAGGAGUUCUAUCUGGUCGCUUAUUGGGAUCAAGGGCGACAAGGUGGGGACAGAUGAUUCCAGAGGGUGUAAGCUUGCGAGGGUUUUUUAUCCAAAGGAUGCGGCAAAGACGACAACUCACAGAGUUAUCAAUAGCUCGCCGUUCUUGAAGGGGAACCCAGCUGCACAAUCGCGCUCAGUGAGCUUUCAAGAGAGAUCUUGAGCACCAUCAGAAAAUUCUUCAUGCUGCCUUCUGCUACUAUAAAGACCAUCUAGCAUGAUACAGAUGAAAUUUUGUACAUUACAAUUGUAUACUAGAUAUGAGAUAUGGAGUGUUACAACAUAACUAUAGUUGGACACUGUAGCUGUAGCUGUACUAGGUAGCUUGUAGAUAGCUAUUUGGUUUGGGGAAAGAUUGGAAGCGGAAGCUCCCUGGAUAAAUAUGAUAUAAGGAUUGGAAUAUUUCACCAGCAAAUUUCUUUC